ACAUGACCUUGCGUGGUAGCACGGUAGCCAUCUUGUGUUGCUGGUGCUGAGGUUUGGCUUUGGAUCCGAGAGGCUCUGCGUUCGCGACCUCAGGUUAAUAUUUUUCAAAAAUGGCAGCGGAAACUCAGACACUUAACUUUGGACCUGAAUGGCUUCGAGCUCUAUCAAGUGGUGGGAGUGUGACAUCUCCUCCUCUCUCUCCAGCUUUGCCAAAAUAUAAAUUAGCUGAUUAUCGUUAUGGAAGAGAAGAAAUGUUAGCACUUUUUCUGAAAGAUAAUAAGAUACCCUCAGACCUUCUGGAUAAAGAAUUUCUACCCAUUCUACAAGAGGAGCCCCUACUACCUUUGGCACUAGUACCUUUUACAGAAGAAGAACAGAGAAAUUUUUCAGUUUCUGUAAAUAGUGCUGCUGUCCUACGAUUGAUGGGACGAGGAGGAGGAGGAACAGUGGUAGGGGCUCCCCGAGGUCGAAGUUCCUCUAGAGGUCGAGGCAGAGGUCGAGGAGAAAGUACUUUCUACCAAAGAAGUUUUGAUGAUGUGGAAGGUGGAUUUGGAAGAGGAGGGGGCAGAGAAAUGCAUAGGUCACAGAGCUGGGAGGAAAGGGGAGACAGAAGGUUUGAAAAAACAGGCAGAAAAGAACCAGUGAGACCGAAUUUUGAAGAAGUUGGAACUUCAACAGUAGGAAGGAAACAUGAAUUUAUACGCUCUGAAAGUGAAAAUUGGCGCAUAUUCAGAGAAGAACAAAAUGGUGAAGAUGAUGAUGGAGGUUGGCGACUUGCUGGUUCACGAAGGGACGGUGAGAGGUGGCGACCUCAUAGUCCAGACGGCCCUCGUUCUGCAGGCUGGAGAGAGCACAUGGAACGACGGCGAAGAUUUGAAUUUGAUUUUCGAGACCGAGAUGAUGAAAGGGGUUACCGAAGAGUACGAUGUGGCAGUGGCAGUAUGGACGAUGAUAGGGAUAACCUUCCUGAAUGGUGCUUAGAAGAUGCUGAGGAGGAAAUGGGGACUUUUGACUCAUCUGGGGCAUUCCUGUCCUUAAAGAAAGUUCAAAAGGAACCAAUUCCUGAGGAACAGGAAAUGGAUUUCCAUCCUAUAGAGGAAAAAGAAGAUCAGUCAGAUUCAGAAGAAAGUCAUAAUGAAGAAGCCAAAGAAUUAGAUAAGACCCUUUUGAAAGAAGGAAUUAAGACAGAGCGAAUAAUAGCAGAAGAAACAGAAGAAACAGGAAAAGAAUCUUCAUUAUCCACCAGGUCAGGUACCUCACCAAAAUCACAGUCACAAUCAAGCCUCAUUGAAAGGAAGGAAGACUGUAUUCCAGUAGCAACAGAAAAAUCAGAAUUUGAAGAAAGCCAAAUGGAGAAUAUUCCACUAUCCAAAGUGCUCAACAGAGAAGACUCUCCUUCUGCUAUCCAGUCUUUGCCACAAAUUCCUUCCGAAGCAGUUUCUAGUAUCCCUCCUUCAGAUUCUAGUCCAAAUUCAGCCUUAAGGUGUGUUCAAACAUCAGUUAUGGCUGCUCCUGGUAUGGGAAAUGCUCUUACUGACCCUGAUGAUGAAGAAGGCCUCAAACAUUUAGAACAGCAAGCAGAAAAAAUGGUGGCAUAUUUGCAAGAUAGUGCCUUGGACGAUGAAAGAUUAGCAGCCAAACUUCAAGAGCAGAGGGGAAAGGGUACUUCAAUACCACUACACCAUGAAUCCAUGCAAAAAUGGUUCUACAAAGAUCCUCAAGGAGAAAUUCAGGGUCCAUUCAGUAAUCAGGAGAUGACAGAGUGGUUCCAAGCUGGAUAUUUCACAAUGUCAUUAUUGGUGAAAAGAGCAUGUGAUGACAGCUUCCAGCCCCUUGGAGACAUCAUGAAAAUAUGGGGCAGGGUCCCUUUCACUCCAGGGCCAGCAUCACCUCUACAUAUGGGUGAGUUGGAUCAAGAUCGUCUAACUAGACAACAGGAAUUUACAGCCAUGUAUCAAAUGCAGCAUCUCCAGUACCAGCAAUUUUUGUUACAACAACAAUAUGCACAGGUGAUGGCACAACAGCAAAAAGCAGCUGUCUCAUCUCAGCAGCAACAGCAGCUGGCUCUCCUUUUGCAACAAUUCCAGGCACUUAAAAUGAGAAAAGUUGAACAGAACAUGGUGCCACCUGUAACAAGGUCAAUGUCAGACACUAGUUCAAUUUGGGAACUUCAGUCAACUGCUCCGCAAACUACUGUCUGGGAAGGAAGUAGUGUCUGGGAUCUCCCAAUCGAUACUGCAGCUCAGGGACCAGCUUUAGAACAGUUACAGCAGCUUGAAAAGGCCAAAGUUGCAAAGCUAGAGCAGGAACGGAGGGAAGCUGAAUUAAGGGCCAAAAGAGAAGAAGACGAGCGUAAGAGGCAGGAGGAGCUUCGGAGGCAACAGGAAGAACUAAUUAGGAGACAAGAAGAAGAAAGAAAAAGAAGAGACGAAGAGGAGUUAGCUCGGAGGAAGCAGGAGGAAGCUCUCAGGCGACAACGGGAACAAGAAAUUGCACUAAGGAGGCAACGAGAAGAAGAGGAACGGCAACAACAGGAAGAAGCACUUAGAAGGUUGGAAGAAAGGAGAAGAGAAGAAGAGGAAAGACGACAGCGAGAAGAGUUGCUUCGCAAACAGGAAGAGGAGGCUGCCAAAUGGGCACGUGAAGAAGAGGCCAAGCGUCAGGUAGAAGAAAACCGACUGCGCAUGGAAGAAGAAGCAGCUCAGCAGCGGCAAGAAGAGGAAGAACGGAAGCGGAAAGAGCUGGAACUCCAACGCCAGAAGGAAAUUAUGAGGCUGAGGCAGCAGCAACAGGAAGCUUUGCGUCGAUUGCAGCAGCAGCAACAACAGCAGCAACUCGCGCAGAUGAAGCUCCCUUCUUCUUCAACAUGGGGUCAGCAAUCCAGUUCAAGAGUUUGUCAGUCACAGGCAACAUUAUCAUUAGCAGAAAUCCAAAAGCUUGAAGAAGAGAGAGAGAAACAACUUCGAGAAGAGCAAAGGCGUCAGCAGCGUGAACUAAUGAAAGCUCUCCAGCAGCAGCAGCAGCAGCAACAACAGAAACUGUCUGGUUGGGGAAAUGUUGCCAAGUCUGCUGGCACUACAAAAUCUCUCUUGGAGAUACAGCAGGAAGAGGCAAGGCAGAUGCAGAAGCAGCAACAACAGCAGCAGCAACAGCAGCAGCAGCAGCAACAGCAGCAGCAGAGCAGAACCCGCAGCGCUACACAACAUUCAAAUCGGCAUACCAGCAUUGGCAGUUCAGUAUGGGGCUCUCUAAGCACAAAUCCUAGCAACCAGUGGGCGUCAGACCUUGUCAGUAGUAUUUGGAGUAAUGCUGAUACAAAAAAUUCAAACAUGGGAUUCUGGGAUGAUGCAAUCAAAGAAGUGGGCCCUCGUAAUGCAACUAAUAAAAACAAGAACAAUGCUAGCAUCAGUAAAUCUGUAGGUGUUACAAGCAGACAUAAUAAGAAGGUAGAAGAAGAAGAAAAGUUAUUGAAAUUGUUUCAGGGAGUUAAUAAACCUCAGGAUGGAUUCACUCAGUGGUGUGAACAAAUGCUUCAUGCACUCAACACAGCUAACAACUUGGAUGUUCCCACAUUUGUUUCUUUCCUGAAAGAAGUGGAAUCUCCUUAUGAGGUUCACGAUUACAUCAGAGCUUAUCUUGGGGACACCCCUGAAGCCAAGGAAUUUGCCAAGCAGUUUCUUGAGCGCCGUGCCAAACAAAAAGCCAACCAACAACGGCAGCAGCAGGAUUCUGUAUGGGGGAUGAACCAUUGUUCUUUGCAUACAGUCUUUCAGACUAAUCAGAGCAACAAUCAGCAGUCCAGUUUUGAAGCAGUGCAGAGUGGCAAAAAGAAGAAGAAACAAAAAAUGGUCCGUGCAGAUCCAAGCUUGUUAGGUUUCUCAGUCAAUGCUUCAUCAGAACGGCUCAAUAUGGGAGAAAUAGAGACUUUGGAUGACUACUGAGUAAAUACCACUCACCUGGCUUUUCCAGUGUCUGUUAACCAUGCAUUCUCCACUGCCGGACAGAGUCCUUUCUCUUCACUGCUGUCAUUUUUGCCUUGCAAAUGGAUCACAGAAUCAAUCAUCUCAGGCUGCUGUUUCUAGCUUCAACAAAUGCUUUCUGCCCAGGAUUGCACAGCCACCUUCAUUUAUUUUGGUCUUUGGUUUUUGAACUGGGUAGACAGAAAAGAAGAUUUAUUCAAGAGGUUGAAUUCAAAGCACUGUGAGUGAUUUUUUUUCUCCCAAGCUAUUUGGAAAGCCAUCUGGAGGUCUACAUAUGGUAGCUUCCUUCCCUUCUGUCAUUACUUUCACAACAAUAAGCCCAUGCAAUCAUGGUGGAGAGCUCAUGGUUAACAGAUGUCAUUCAGAACCAAAAUGCCAUGCAGAUACUGACUUCCAUGCCUUCCCAUUUCAGGAGGUGCAUUCAUAAAUUAACUGUAAAACUGCCAACAGCAGAAAAUUUUUGUGGUGGGCAGCACUCAGCUUGGAUUGGUCUGGCAUUGCACAUCCCUGUCAGCCUAUCUUCAGCACAUUGCAUUUGGGGAAGCUCAAGUCUGUUUUCAUUAAGUGGUGGUGUCAAUGCUACUUGAGUUCAGGCUUCGGUGCAUCCAGCCUUCUUGAACAAUUGGGACUCAAGUUGUGGGAGGAGGCACUUCAGGCUGAAUUUCUCCUGUAAUUCUCUUUCCUCCAUUGUGAUUGGGCCAGUUAUUUUGGACCCUUCUGCUGUGAAUUUGUCUCGUUUCAGAGACACAUAGGAUCUUUACCAUAUGUAUGUUCAUCAGUUGGCUUUGUGUGAGGAUUUGACACUACCUUUGGAGCAUGAAAUGUAGCCAGAUUUUCAUCUGGUUACAUAUGAUGGUGAUUCAGGAUUUUGUAAGUUCUGCAGCAGCAUUAUGCCAAGGAACAGGAGAUGUCGUCUUCAAAGAAAAAUAAAUGACACAAGGAAUUUGAGCAUUGGCAGUGUCUGCGUUUGUAAAAAAAAAAUCAAAUGAAUAAAAUGCAGUGUGCUGGUUUUUGUUACAUAGUACACUCUGCCAUUACUUUCAUGAUUCCCAUAUUUAUACUAUCCAUCUUCUCUCAGUUAUAUUCCAGAAUU